AUGCAGCCUCCUCGAACAGGUACUGCGUUCCGCGUCCGCCGCCCAUCGUCGCUCUUCAAAGAAAGUCUUGGUGGAAGUAUCGCAAGGAGGCUUACAAGGCCUAUCGUCAAACCAUUGCUCAAGGAAGAGCUCAUGGAUACCCUCCAAGUCGGUCUCUUGAUCGAGGAUUUCGUCUAUCGCAUCUGGGGAUUCCAUCCUGAUCGCCUCCAAUGGGAGAAGUUCUUUAAGGACCUGCAGCUUGAUAAGACACUGGUUGAAGCAUAUAAGGCUACGUUCCAGCACGCCGAGAGAUACCGAUAUGCUCCCUUUGCGAGGCUCAUUGACUCAAUCGUGGCCAAGCUCGUUGAGGUGCUGAAGCUGGAGUCGCCUUUGCCCGUUUCGUUCGAGCCGCUUGGAUCGACUUACAUCCGAAGCGACAGGAGCAACCGGAAACCGGAUAUGGGAAUCAUCGGGAAACAAGCAGUGGAAGAGUAUCGAUUGGCGCAGGACGGCCCUGACAAGCAUUCAAAAGCCCAACUUCGAUGGGAAAUAGUCCCGUGCUUCAUGGAAUUCAAGAGGUUUCUCCCGAUAGACCACGAUGCCGUCAUUCUGUUUCAACAGGCUCCGGCGGCGAUCUCAGAGCCGGUGGCGAUUACCCUCAAGCCGGACGACGAGUGCAGACAGGAAGGAUUGAAGCGGAAGAAUGUCUCGGACGAAGGUCUCCCGCCCGCAAAACGAGUCAACCAGGAUCCAAGCAUCACCUCUGACAGAUCCGAUAGAUCUGACGGCUCAGUUGAUGAGAGCCACUCGACCAGUUCAGUACCAAUCGAGGUUCCAAACGCGGGUGCUUCGAUCAGCGCCGUCGGGACGGGGACAGAACCCGAAAAUUUCGAAACGCACCGGAGCAGAUGUGAACUGAAUCCUCAAAUGACCGAGGACGAACUUCAGGCGGCCAACUAUGCGUCCGAAUGCCUCGGCGAUGGUCGUCGGCGGUAUGUGACAUCUUUCAUGAUCACAGACCUCAAAGUGUCUCUAUGGUACUACGACCGGAUUGGAGUGAUCAAGAGCGAAGAGUUCGACCUGGUGGAGAAUCCGAGGCUUUUCAUUCUCGCCAUUGCCGCGGUCACGACGUGCGACAUGAAGCAUUUUGGGUUCGAGCCCAUGAUCCACCCGCCUUCUACCAUCCCUCCUCCAAUGCGCCUAGAACAUCCCAUCCGACGCGAACCUCCCCGCAACAUCAGCGGCUGGGAGAUCCAUAUUGACGAAGGGGUUGACUCGGAGGGCAAAAUGGUCCUUGGCAUUGUCCGUUUGAAGAUCACCGGAGCUCCGAUCUACGUCCAAGCAGGGAUCGUAGGCCGGGGAACGUCAGUGCUACCUGUAUCUGCGUUCGCCGACAGUGGGCUGGCGGCCGUCAAGUCCUCGCAGAAGCUUGUGGUCAAGUUCAGCUGGCCGGCUGCGACGCGUGUUCCCGAGGACGUGCUGAUACGACGGAUACGGAAGGCGAUUGGAUCGAAGGAGGCGCGGCAUGUGAGUCGGAUGCGGAUGUCGACGACACUGGAGGGCUUGCGAUUGGGCCUGCCUCGGAUAGAGGAAUCGAUUCAGUCACUGCCGGGCGACGUUGAGACUCGGGUUCUCCGCGUUCUGGUGUGCGAUCGCUAUCAGCACCUGAAGAAAUUGACGAAAAUCUCAGAUUUUCAGUCAGUCUUCAUCGAUCUUGUCAGAGCCCAUCGCGUUGUUUACAAGAGAGCGGGUAUCCUCCACCGUGACCUGAGCAUCAACAACGUGAUGUUCGGAAUGAGAUCUGGAAAGCCGUAUGGGAUCCUCAUCGACUGGGACCUCGCAAUUGACAUGAACCCGAGAGAAGAUGACGGAGACGGUCCGUCUUCUCGUUACCGGACAGGGACAGGACCGUUCAUGGCCAUUGAUCUUUUGAAGCCGAAGAUGGGACCUCCUCAUUAUUACCGUCACGACCUCGAGUCGUUCUUCUACAUCCUGUUGUGGUCAGCGUGCACUUUUCUUUUCAACGGAGCAGAAGUGAAGAAGCAGCAUAAACUCGUGGAACCUUGGUCGGUGGCGGAUUGGGGCGAUAUCCGAGACAAGAAAGCGGCCUUUUUCACCCGAGCCGGCGGUGGUUUUGAAGACUUGGAUGACGCCGUUAAUGGACCUUUCAAGCCUCUCAUUGACUCUUGGAUCCGACCUCUAGGACGAAUGAUUGCAACAGCGCGUUCAACGUCAGAGCUUGCUCAGUUGAACAAUAGUCCGUUCGACCCCGAGACCUGGGGUGGCCUCAUGACUUACCGAAAAUUCUUGGGAACCCUCGGUGUAGACUUCAAGAACGCACCGCACAGUUUGGAUACGGAUUUGCUGGACUGAAGUCACGUUUAUUCAUCACAUUACCUUUGUAGCUCUAUCGAGGAUCGCUGAUUCAUUCUUCGAAGGUUAUCUUUUGUAUCUAUCAUGUUAUUUGCAUUGUUCUUUGUACAGAUACACAAUGGGCGAUGCACUGCUUGAGCAAUCGAUCAUCUGUCGAUGAUGCGUAGCUCUCAGUCGCUCGACGUCCACGGCAAGGCGCUACGAAUUUCGAAGAUCAUCAAAUUCGCAGCAGAACAGGCACCAGACCAACGUUCAUACUUCUUACUCUACCGGGACCAGAAGAUAAGCAUCCAUCAUCCAUGUGUCAUAUUAGAGAGUUUGUAGAGCUUGUCCGAAUAAGAAUAGAUACGGCAAGGGAGACAAUUAUGCCGAUCGAAGCG